AUGGCAUUUUGGUCAUUUUGCGUAUUGUUGAAACUUAAGGCUCAUGUUAUUCAGCUUGAUGUUGACAUCACAGUAGUUUCGUUUAUGGAACAAUAUAGUUUCAAUGAUUUUGACCAUUCGAUUGGUGUUAAUGGUACAUCUGAACAUGUUAUUGUUGAAGAGUCAGCUAUUCCAGAUAAUGAAGAAUUGUUGGGACUUUCUGUUGGAUCAAUAGAAGAUGCAUUUGUCAUAUACAAUGAUUAUGCGUUUCGUAUGGGAUUUAGUGCUAGAAAGGGCAAACAAUAUUAUGUUACUAGAACUCGGAUUUUGAAGACGAAAAUGUUUUGUUGUUCUAAGUCUGGUUUUAGAAUAAUACCAGAUACUCCUAAUAAGUGUUACUCAAAGAUAGUUACUAGAUCUGGAUGUAAUGUAAUGUGUCAGUUUGAUAUAGAUUCAAAUGGGAAUUGGGUUGUUACUAAACAUGUAAAGGAGCAUAACCAUGACCUGUGUCCGGCUUCAUCAAGUUAUAUGCUUAGGUCGCAUAGGAAAGUGUCUGAGAAUCAGUUGACAUAUUCGGUAAAGCAUUUAGAUCGUACUGAUUCUAAUAGUUUGAUUGAGAUAUUUAGAAGGAGACAAAUGGAUGAAGCUGAUUUCUAUUUUGAAUUUGAACUUUAUGAGGAUGCAAGGCUGUGUAACUUUUUCUGGAGGGAUGGUCAAAUGAAGGCUGAUUAUGAUUUGUUUGGUGAUUUAGUUGUACAUGAUACAACAUACCGUACAAAUAGGUAUGAUAUGAUAUGUGCCCCUUUUAUUCGUUUGUCUGGUGUACGAUCAAUGGGUGGUAAGCAUCCUCAAACAAUAAUGACUGAUCAAUGUGCUGCCAUGGCUGCUGCAAUCGCACAAGUAUUUUCGAAUUCAAAUCAUAGGCUUUGUAUAUGGCACAUCGGGGAGAAUUCGAAGAAGCACAUAAAAGGUCUGAGAAAUAAAAAGGGUUUCUUAGAGCUUUUCAAUUUUCUGUUGAAGUACACUGACACUGAAGCUGAAUUUGAAUUUUAUUGGACCAGGAUGAUGACAGAAUAUGGGUGCCAUAAAAAUGUUUGGUUAAAUAAGCUAUAUUCUAAUAGGGAGAAAUGGUGUCCUGCAUUUAGUAAAGAAUAUUUCUCUGGUGGUAUUCUAUCAUCUCAAAGGAGUGAGUCUAUGAAUCAUUCAAUAUCUAGAAGAUUAUCAAAAACAGCUGGGUUGUGUGAUUUUUAUAAUUCAUUUGUUAGUGUAGUUUCUGAGUGGAGAAGUAGGGAAAAUGGUGAAAACGUGUGUUGUUCACAAGGGUUGGCACCUAUGGCGAUGAAUUAUGUGAAGCUCCUUUCACAUGCUAGAGACAUAUACACUAUUGAGAUAUAUUAUCUUUUUGAGGAACAGUUUGUGAAAGGGACUUCAUGCCAUCAAGAAUCUGUUGGGGGAAGUGGUAACGAGAUAAAGUAUCAUGUGUGGCGUCCUGACGUUGAUCUCAUUCGUCACAAAGUGUGUUUCAAAGUGAAUGAUUUGGAUAUAUCUUGUAGCUAUAAGUUGUUUUCAGAGAUGGGUAUUUUAUGCUCCCAUUCUUUACGCAUUUUCAAUGUUCACUGUGUUGCAGCAAUACCGGAUAAGUACAUUAUCAAAAGAUGGACCAAAAAGGUUAUUGAAGAUAGAAUCAUAAGCAGUGAUUGUUCCUCGAAUAUUUUUAGCAUUGCGUCAUAUGUUUGGGUUAUUCAAAUGGGUAGGAAGUUUCAGCAGUUAGUUUUAUCUAGUCAAGCAAAUUGCAAGACUCGGGAAGUGUGUGAAAAUGCUUUUGAGGAUGCUAGAAGGAAGGUUGGAGGUGAAAUUGGUCCUCUUGUCAUUGAAGAUGGUGAACAACGGACAACUGGUGUAAUUCAAAAUCCAGCACGUAAUAGGGCGAAAGGUGAACGCAAUAGGAGGCAUAUUAGCACAAUCGAAAAAAAAGCAUCUGUUGAAGGAGUUGUUGCUAACAUUGUUGGCAGUGGGUAUUUUGUUCAUCCUUCUAGCGGCAGUUAUGAGUUAGGUCUGGUUAAGUCUAGUUGA